AGGGCAGCAAGGCGCGCGAGGCGCACAGGGCUGCAGGGCGCGCGGGGCGCACAGGGCAGCAGGGCAGCAGGGCGCACAGGGCUGCAGGGCAGCAGGGCGCGCGGGGCAAACAGGGCAGCAGGGCGCACAGGGCUGCAGGGCAGCAGGGCGCACAAGGCUGCAGGGCAGCAGGGCGCGUGGGGCGCGCAGGGCUGCAGUGCGCGCAGGGCGCGCAGGGCAGCAGGACAGCAGGGCGCGCAGGGCUGCAGGGCGCACGGGGCGCAGCAGGGCUGCAGGGCGCGCGGGGCGCGCAGGGCAGCAGCAAGGGCUGUAGCGGCAACAGCAAGGGCUGUAGCGGCAGCAGCAGGGCAGCAGGGCGCACAGGGCUGCAGGGCAGCAGGGCGCACAGGGCUGCAGGGCAGCAGGGCGCACAAGGCUGCAGGGCAGCCGGGCGCGUGGGGCGCGUAGGGCUGCAGUGCGCGCAGGGCGCGCAGGGCAGCAGGACAGCAGGGCGCGCAGGGUUGCAGGGCGCACGGGACGCAGCAGGGCUGCAGGGCGCGCGGGGCGCGCAGGGCAGCAGCAAGGGCUGUAGCGGCAACAGCAAGGGCUGUAGCGGCAGCAGCAGGGCAGCAGGGCUCACAGGGCUGCAGGGCAGCAGGGCGCACAGGGCUGCAGGGCAGCAGGGCGCGCGGGGCGCGCAGGGCUGCAGGGCGCGCGGGGCGCACAGGGCUGCAGGGCGCGCGGGGCGCACAGGGCAGCAGGGCAGCAGGGCGCACAGUGCUGCAGGGCAGCAGGGCGCGCGGGGCAAACAGGGCAGCAGGGCGCGCGGGGCGCGCAGGGCUGCAGUGCGCGCAGGGCGCGCAGGGCAGCAGGACAGCAGGGCGCGCAGGGCGUGCAGGGCUGCAGGGCGCGCGGGGCGCACAGGGCAGCAGGGCAGCAGGGCGCGCGGGGCGCAGCAGGGCUGCAGGGUGCGCGGGGCGCGCAGGGCAGCAGCAAGGGCUGUAGCGGCAACAGCAAGGGCUGUAGCGGCAGCAGCAGGGCAGCAGGGCGCGCGGGGCGCGCAGGGCUGCAGGGCGCGCAUGGCGCGCAGGGCAGCAGGACAGCAGGGCGAGAGGGGCAAACAGGGCAGCAGGGCGCACAGGGCUGCAGGGCAGCAGGGCGCGCUGGGCGCGCAGGGCAGCAGGACAGCAGGGCGCGCAGGGCGCGCAGGGCUGCAGAUCCCCUCCCCCCCACCGCUGCACUCGCAGCAGGGGGAUGGAGGAGAAGUGGGGGGGGGGGGGGGGGGGGGGGCGGAUGCUGCAACUCCCCUCGCCCCCACUGCUGCUGCAGAUCCCCUCCCCCCCACUGCUGCUGCAGAUCCCCUCCCCCCCACUGCUGCUGCAGAUCCCCUCCCCCCACUGCUGCACCCGCAGCAGGGGGAUGGAGGAGAACAGGGGUGGAGGAGAAAGGGGGGGGCGGGGGGGGCUGGUGCUGCAGAUCCCCUCCUGCCUCCCUCUGAACCUCCAAGCUCCCCCCCCCUCCCAACACAGGAUCCCCUCCCCCCCACUGCUGCACCCGCAGCAGGGGUGGAGGAGAAAGGGGGGGGCGGGGGGGGCUGGUGCUGCAGAUCCCCUCCUGCCUCCCUCUGA